GUCUGGGCUGCGCCGGGGCCGCCCCUGCGCUGCGAGCGGCCGCGUAAACAUGGAGCUCUCGGCCGUCGGGGAGCGCGUCUUCGCGGCCGAGGCCCUGCUCAAGCGCCGCAUCCGCAAAGGCCGCAUGGAAUAUCUGGUCAAAUGGAAGGGCUGGUCGCAGAAGUACAGCACUUGGGAACCCGAGGAGAACAUCCUGGAUGCCCGGCUGCUCGCAGCCUUCGAGGAGAGCUUUGGUUCUUUUAACACCUCUAGGGAGCGAGAAAUGGAGCUUUACGGGCCCAAAAAGCGAGGCCCCAAGCCCAAAACCUUCCUGCUAAAGGCCCAGGCAAAAGCCAAAGCCAAAACCUACGAGUUCCGCAGCGACUCUUCCAGGGGCAUCCGGGUGCCGUAUCCCGGCAGGUCCCCCCAGGAGCUGGGCUCCACGUCCCGGGCUAGGGAAGGACUGAGAAACAUAGCCCUGGCCCCCCAGGGCAGCUCCAGCAGCAGCACUCCCAAGGCGGACGGCGUCCGGGAGCGGGUGAUCCGCGUGGAGGACAAGCCCGGGGAGACCCCCAAAAAGAGAGGCCCGAAGCCCAGGAAGGAGCUGUACAAGGACCUCGCGGAGACUCUGGACGCCUCCAAGAGGAAACUGGGGGAGCCGGGGGACAAGGUGGGGGACUACCUGAAGGCCAGGAAGAUGGAGGAGGCGGCGGCGGCGGGGGCGGCCAAGUUCGGCUCGGGACACAGCGUGAUCCAGCUGGCCCGGCGGCAGGAGCCCGAGCUGCCCGGCGCCCUGGCCGGGCCCCCCCGCGCCGAGCCGGGCCCCGAGGCCUUCUCCCCGCGCCUGGCCAAGCACCGCGCCGACUUUCUGGACGCCACGGGGCAGGGGGGGCUGGACCCCGGCGGGCCCAAGCUGCUGCACGGCGCCGCGGGCCCGGGCAACGGGGGCGGCCUGUACCGCGACGGCGUGGGGGGCCCGGCCGGGCGGCCCUCGCUCAUCGCCAGGAUCCCCGUGGCCAGGAUCCUGGGGGACCCCGAGGAGGAGUCCUGGAGCCCCUCUCUCAACAACCUGGAGAAGGUGGUGGUAACUGACGUGACCUCUAACUUUUUGACCGUCACCAUCAAGGAGAGCAGCACGGACCAAGGAUUCUUUAAGGAGAAGCGAUGAGUUUGGUGGAGGUGGUGCUGGGGUUUUCUUCAGUCGGAUCCAGACAAAAGCUUGGUAGAGCUUGGUGGGCCUCUCUUUUUUUUUUUUUUUUUUUAUGCUCCUUUUUUUUUUUUUCCUUUUAAAUUUUUUUUUUCUUUUGUUUUUGGUCCUGGAGAGAAUUUAGAAACUGUCCUAAAUUCAUUAACUCAUUCUUUUGUUUUGUUUUUUUUUCACGUCUUACAUUUCGUUGGAAAGAUUAUCUCUAGAGUUAUAUUUUCUAUUAGAUGUAAAUAUGUUAUUUAAGAAAAAAUGCUUAUAUAUAUAUAUCUAUAUAUAUAUAUUUCAACUCUGAGUUGUUUUAUUUAAAUGGAGACAACAGUGACUGCUCAGUUGCUCCUAGAAAGGACAAUAAAACUGAGAACUAACGAGUUCACGCAUCUGCCGCAGGAGCCGGUGUACAUAACAGUGUUCAUAGCUAAGUAUGUGCUGGGUUUUUUUAACUAUUAUUUUUCAUAUGAUGCUAUGGAUGGUGGAGGGGGACGUGUUGCUCCCUCGCAGGGCCGAGCGCCCGGAUUUCUUGAUUGUGAUUUAAGGUGUUGCUUGUACAAUCAAGUGUGCUGUGUCCAGGACUGUUGCCCUUGACAGUUGACGUGAGCACUUGAAUUCACAGUGUUGUUGGGGAUGGGGUGUUUCCAGUCUAACAAAAAAAGUCAUGUUGCUACAAAGUCGGGGCGGGGAAAAGCAGAAAUCCAUAAAAAGGCUAAAAGUGUUGGAGUAUUAACUUGAAUUCCCUUUUCUUGCGGAGGAGAGGAGUUUGUGUGUGUAAGGUUCCUGAGGGGUGAUACUGAAAUGCACUUUAAUAGAGUUGUCGUAGCAGCUGUGGGAGAUGGGACUGAGCUGAGUAUAUCUGUUUUCAUUUUGUCUGGUCGCUUGAUUCUGUUCCCCCACCCACUGAAAACAAAAAACCCCAACAAAACCCCCCUCUGUUUACAUUCCUGAAAUGCCAGAGAGGUUGGGGAGGGAACAUCUCACUGCCCAUAUUUAGUUACUUUAUUCUGCUACAGAAAGUGGAUUAUUAUAAUUAUUAUUUUUAUUCCCAAUCACAGUUUACUUCAGACUGUUGGAAGACUCCUGAUAAAUUGUUUUGUAAUAUCCACAUCCCUGACGAAUCCCAGGUUCACCUUUGUGCAUUCAGAGACAAUAAAUACGUCCCUUUCCUUGCGGUGGUUAAACAAUAGCCAAGAGGCGAAAUAUUCCUGUGCGGGGCAGCCCCGCUGCCUCGGGUGGAUUUGGUGCUGGAUUUGCUUGUGGGAUUCCCCCAGGGCAGGGAUCCAGAGCUGGGAUCCACACUGGGAUCCCUCCUAGGGCUGGGAUCCGGAGCUGGAAUCCGU